AUGGCUCAUGAGAAAGACGAUUCUAGAGAUUCAAUCCCCCCAUAUGUGUUGGCAAGAGGACCAGUGGCGCUAGCAGCAUACAAGAGAGCACUAGAGAAAGGCAAAACCUACGAUAGACGUAUCAAAAUAGUGUUGAUUGGUCAGGACCGUACUGGUAAAACAAGCCUUAGAAGAUACCUCGUAGGUGAAACAUUCAAUGAACAGGAACCAAGCACUGAUGGAAUUGAAAUAAUUCCAUCUAUCAAGAACGCAGGAACAGGUGCAUGGAAAAAUCCUGCUGAUUUAAAGACCACAAGUGCAUUUCACCAUAAGUUUGCUGAAGUGGUUACCUCCAAAAAUGAGGACAUCUCGCCUAUUGUUUGGGAUUUCGCUGGCCAGGCACUUUACUAUGCCAUGCAUCCUAUUUUCCUAUCGCAAGAAUACUUAUGUGUUCUAGUGUCAGAUCUUACCCAGGAAUUAUGCUCUCCUGCUCAAUGUCGGGUGAGGACGCAUAAUAACGAUGAGGUAGUGGUUGAGUCACCUCAUGACGAGGACACAAAUCUUGAUCACAUGAUGAAGUGGUUAGAUCUGGUGCAUUCUUUCGCAAGUGGAAAGGUUCAAAAAAAGUCAGAAAGCUGGAGGGAUAUUUUUCCCAGUAACGCACCCCCAGCCUCAUUACCUCCUGUUGUUCUUGUGGGUACACAUGCUAACGAUGUAACGAAUCCUCGGGAAAAGAUGGAUUUCGUGUUCAAAACCAUUUGCGACAAGGCUUCUCUCGCAACUGGAAAACACAUUUCACAAGAAUCGUUCUUCAUAGAUAAUUCAAAUCCAAACAGAGAGGACGACCCACAAAUCGUUUCAUUCCGUAAGGAAUUAUUGGAUUUGAGUGAAAGGAUGCCACAUAUCAANUUUGGACAACGUGUGACUCUGACAGAAAGGAAGAGCAAAGUCUUUGUGAAAAAUUAUUGA